AUGCAGGCGGAACUGACAGGCAUCAAGUGGCGUAGGUACAACUUUGAAGGUCAUGGAGAUUGUGGACCUAUUAUCUCAGCCCCUGCUCAAGAUGACCCAAUUCUCCUGAGUUUCAUCCGCUGUUUACAGGCCAAUCUGUUGUGCGUUUGGCGUCGUGAUGUCAAACCGAAUUGUAAGGAGCUAUGGAUAUUUUGGUGGGGAGACGAGCCGAACCUGGUAGAUGUAAUACACCAUGAGCUACACAUGGUCGAAGAGGGAUUUUGGGAGAACGGGCUUUCAUACGAAUGCAGGACGCUACUUUUCAAGGCGAUCCACAACCUGUUGGAAAGAUGCCUCAUGGACAAAAACUUUGUCAGGAUCGGGAAGUGGUUCAUCCGUCCGUACGAAAAAGAUGAAAAGCCCAUUAACAAAAGUGAGCAUUUGUCCUGCGCCUUCACAUUCUUCCUCCAUGGAGAAAGCAAUGUGUGUACCAGUGUGGAGAUUGCACAGCACCAGCCGAUCUACCUUAUCAGCGAGGAACACCUUCACAUGGCCCAAUCUUCUCCUAUGCCUUUUCAAGUGUUGAUCAGUCCGUAUGGCUUAAGUGGUACUUUAACGGGUCAAGGUUACAAAAUGUCCGAUCCGGCAACCAGGAAGCUAAUUGAAGAAUGGCAGUAUUUUUAUCCCAUGGUGCUGAAGAGGAAGGAGAGCGUGAAAGAGGAAGAAGAGCUGGGAUACGACGAUGACUUUCCUGUGGCAGUAGAAGUCAUUGUCGGUGGUGUCCGAAUGGUCUACCCGUCUGCCUUUGUUCUUAUCUCUCAAAACGACAUUCCCGUGUCCCAGAGCACUUCCACCCCAGGAAGCCACAGCAGCGUGGCCCAACCAGGAGCUGGAACCUUGAAAGACACCAGCGGUUGUGGAAUGUUGCUCACACCACCCACUUCUCCGGAGCAGACUGUCAUAGGCGACAGCGGAGGCAUUCCAGCCAUCAUCAGUCAUUCAGCAGCCCCAGAUGGAAUGGUCGCCAUGCAGAGUCCCAAAAAAUCGGGGAAGAUCCCGCCCAAAUUUCAGAACUGUAUGGUCCACCGAGUUUGGAAAGAAUGCAUCCUCAACAGGACACAGUCCAAAAGGAAUCCAGUCCCCACUACCAAUAUGGAGGAAGACGCACCCAUCAACUGUAUUUCUUGGGAUUUUGUUGAUCCAGCCCAAAGAGUCUCCUGCUCUUGUUCCAGGCACAAACUCCUCAAGCAACGCUGUGCCGUGGGUUCCAGCCGUCCACCCACGAUAUCACAGCCGGGCUUCGGAGGGGGAACCUCGUCCUCUUCCGCCUUGCCCCCUCCCGCCUCUAAGCACAAAACCACCGAGAGGCAGGAGAAGUCGGAGAAAGUUCAGAAGAGGUCGUUGCUGCCGUUUCACCAUCGUCCCUCGGUCACCGAAGAGCUGUGCAUGGAGCAGGACCCUUCGGGGCCGAAGCUGGCCUUGGCCGGGGUGGAACCCUCCUUAGAAGCUGCUAGUAAUAGGAAGUACGAGAAGCCGCUCUCCCUGCCUCCCAGGCACCCGAGGAAGCCAGCCCAUUCGGAUCCUAUGGAUUCCCCCCGUUCCCCCAUCUCUCCUCUACCCCCAACCCUCAGCCCCCAGCCCAGGGGGCAGGAAACCGACAGCUUGGACCCACCGUCCGAUGCGGUGAAUCCGGCCCUCUACAGCAACGGAUUAGAACUCCAGCCCAUCGCCAGCGCUGAGGACCGGACCGUCCUGGCCGGUCCAAGGUUGCCUCUGAUGGCCGAAGUCAGCGAGACGGCGUUGUAUUGUGGCGUGGUGCACAACCAGGAGUCGCCCAACAAGUGGCAGGGAUACUCUCUCCCUCUACCCAGCGAUCUCGAAUUCAGACCUCCGGAGCUCCAGGGGGAGAUCCAGGACGUCAGGAUGGAGGCGUCGUCGUCUGAAAACAGCGCACUGAAAAGGCUCUUAGCACAACCUAAUAAAAGAUUUAAAAUCGUGGAGGAGACCCUACCUGUUCCAGCAGUGAAUUACCUGGACCCCUUACCGCUAAUUCCUCAAUCUGGUGAAUGCUUGGGAGAUGCCACGGAUCCGUACACGUUUCAGGAUGGGGACAUCAAAUACAGCUUCACGGGCACUAAAAAAUGCAAACUUGGGACUGAUCGAGAAUCUCUGAAGAAGAAUAAGCCAGAAGAUGGAACUGCAGCUAAAGAGCUGGCUUCAGGAGGCCAUUCAACCACCCUGCCAGAUGGGAAAGAUGCAAUGUCUAUCUUCAGUUCUGCACCUAAGACAGAUACGCGGCAAGAUAAUUCUGCUGGCCGAGCUGGUUCUGGCAGCUUAACACAAGUCACUGACUUGGCUCCUUCUCUCCAUGAUUUGGAUAAUCUCUUUGAUAAUUCAGAUGAAGAUGAGCCUGGCGCUGUCUCCCCUCCCCUCCGAUCGUCAAAAAUGCCAGCGGUGGGAGCUGAAGAGCGGCAUCUAAGCAAGGAUGCAAGGACAGCUGUUCCUUAUCCUCCAACUGUUGCCGAUCUGCAGCGAAUGUUCCCCACCCCGCCAUCCUUAGAGCAGCACCCGGCUUUUUCACCCGUCAUGAGCUACAAAGAUGGCAUCAGCUCAGAGACCGUCACCACGCUGGGGAUGAUGGAGAGCCCGGUGGUCAACAUGGUGGCGACUCAACUCACCGAGUUUAAAAUGGAAGUGGAAGAUGGCUUGGGCAGUCCAAAGCCAGAAGAAGUCAAGGAUUUUUCCUUUGUGCACAAGGCAUCCACGUUUCAGCCCUUUAUGGGUUCUUCUAUGUUUGCCCCGUUGAAGAUGCUUCCCAGCCAGUGCCUGCUCCCACUGAAAAUCCCCGAGGCCUGUGUCUACCGGCCUUCUUGGGCUAUUCCUCCCAAAAUUGAGCAACUUCCUUUACCACCUUCAGCUGCUUUCAUCAGAGAUGGUUACAACAAUAUACCCAGCGUUGGAAGCCUGGCAGAUCAAGACUACCUUCAAAUGAACACUCCACAAAUGAGCACUCCGGUCACACUAAACAGCACUGCGCCUGCCAGUAACAGCGGGGCAGGGGUGUUGCCGUCCCCGGCCACCCCUCGCUUCUCUGUCCCCACCCCGCGCACACCCAGGACUCCACGGACACCGAGAGGCGGGGGCACCGCCAGCGGGCAAGGCUCAGUGAAAUACGACAGCACGGACCAAGGCUCGCCAGCUUCCACGCCCUCCACCACCCGGCCCCUCAAUUCCGUGGAACCGGGCACUGUCCUGCCCAUUCUGGAAGCCCACAGCCUCUACGUCAUGCUCAUCCUCUCCGACUCCGUGCUGAACAUCUUCAAAGACCGCAAUUUCGACAGCUGCUGCAUCUGUGCCUGCAACAUGAACAUCAAGGGCGCCGACGUCGGGCUGUACAUCCCCGACACGUCGAAAGAGGACCAAUAUCGCUGCACUUGCGGGUUCAGUGCAAUCAUGAAUCGCAAACUAGGGUACAACUCGGGCCUGUUCAUUGAGGACGAGUUAGAUAUUUUCGGCAGGACUUCAGACAUCGGCCAGGUGGCCGAAAGGAGGCUGAUGAUGAGUCAGAACACCUUAAUUCCUCAGCUGGGGGAAGGCAGCAAAAGGGCUCAGGAGCCCCCCGUGAGCCUCCUCCUCCUCCUUCAGAACCAACACACCCAACCUUUCACCUCCCUAAGCUGCUUGGACUACAUGUCCGUCACCAGUCGGCCCGCGCUCUCUUACACGAACUGGAGUUACGACAGGGUUCAGGCUGAAAGCCACGACUCCUGGAACGAGUGCUUUAACGCCCUGGAGCAAGGCCGCCAGUACGUGGACAACCCGACGGGCGGGAAAGUGGACGAAGCUCUCGUCCGGAGCGCUACCGUUCACUCUUGGCCUCACAGCAACGUUCUAGACAUCAGCAUGCUUUCCUCCCAAGACGUGGUGCGCAUGCUUCUCUCCCUCCAGCCUUUCCUGCAGGAUGCCAUUCAGAAGAAGAGGACUGGCAGGACCUGGGAGAACAUCCAGCAUGUCCAGGGACCCCUCACCUGGCAGCAGUUCCAUAAAAUGGCAGGACGGGGAACCUACGGUUCCGAAGAGUCGCCUGAGCCUCUUCCGAUCCCCACCUUGUUGGUUGGCUAUGACAAGGACUUCCUGACAAUCUCUCCGUUCUCCCUGCCAUUCUGGGAGAGGCUGCUCUUAGAUCCUUACGGGGGUCACCGGGAUGUCGCCUACAUUGUGGUGUGUCCAGAAAACGAGGCCUUGCUUGAUGGAGCCAAAACUUUCUUCAGGGACUUGAGCGCAGUAUAUGAGGUGGGUGACCCUCUCCUCUCGCCUCCUCUCCUCUCCCCUUUCCUCCUCUCCCCUCCCCUCCCCUCUCCCCUCCUCUCCUCUCCUCUCCUCUCCCCUUUCCUCCUCUCCUCUCCCCUCCUCUCCUCUCACGUCCUUUUGAAAUCUUUGUCUCCCUGUUUUGUCCUUUCAGCACCUUACUUAGCUACUUUGCAACUCGACAGCAGCCUGCUGACACCCCCAAAACACCAAACGGCACCUCCACCGUCCUCCAACCUGGAGCAAACCAUGUCUGGGAACGCAGGAUCAGUUUCCUCCACCUCGGCCUGUCUUGGGUCUACGGCUCCCUCGGCUGGCACCUCUUUCAGCUCCUCAGCUAACGGGACCAGCUCUUCAGUGCCCCAGCUCCUGGCCUCCUCCUCUUCUUCUUCCUCCUCCUCCUCCUCUUCAUUGGCAUCCAGUAUUAGCCAGACAAGCACUACCUCCACUUCAGGGUUCAGCGGAGGCCUACCUCAAGGUCCAAACCCAAUAGCUGGGGCAAUUCCCUCGGAGAGAGCCCAAGGAAGCACAGUCCCCGGAGGAGACGCUGAGGCAGGCCAAAUCUCAUCGCAGCAACUGCCAGAAGGGCAGGAAAACUCUGCAGAGAGGGAGAGGAUAGGAAUUCCCACGGAACCCGAGUCUGCGGACAGCCAUGUCUACCCACCGGCUGUGGUCAUCUACAUGGUGGAUCCCUUCACCUACACCGCAGAAGAGGAGUCUUCUUCUGUCAGCUUCUGGCUUUUGAGCUUGAUGCGCUGUUACACAGAAAUGUUGGACAACCUGCCUGAAAACAUGAGGAGUUCUUUCAUUCUUCAGGUGGGUUUGCCUUGAGACAGGCAGGUGUCUUUUGGGUUGGGCGGAAGAGGAACUGACGCUGCUACCGAAGAUCGGCAUUUGCACCGAUAUAAGAGAAUAUUUGCAGCUCAAGGUUGCAUUAUGGGGUCCUUGGUGCUCUGCGAGCUUGGUAGUGGCNUCUCUGUGUGUAAUGUCCCCUUUUUGUAGCGGCCGAGUCCCAUUCAGCUGUACUCCCCUCCAUUUAUCCUGGCACCUAUCAAGGACAAACAGACGGAGCUCGGGGAGACCUUUGGCGAAGCCAGCCAGAAGUAUAAUGUGCUCUUUGUGGGGUAUUGCCUCUCUCACGAUCAACGUUGGCUUCUGGCCUCCUGCACCGACCUGCACGGGGACUUGUUGGAAACCUGCAUUGUCAACAUCGAUUUGCCAAACAGAUCACGGAGGUGCAAGGUGUCAGCACGUAAAAUUGGCUUGCAGAAGCUUUGGGAAUGGUGCAUCGGGCUCAUCCAGAUGACGUCACUUCCCUGGAGAGUCGUGAUUGGGCGCCUUGGACGGCUUGGCCACGGGGAGCUGAAAGACUGGAGCAUCCUGCUCGGAGAGUGCUCCCUGCAGACAAUCAGCAAGCAGUUGAAGGAGGUGUGUCGGAUGUGUAGCAUCUCCUCGGCAGAUUCUCCCUCCAUCCUUAGCGCUUGCUUGGUUGCCAUGGAGCCACAGGGUUCAUUUGUGGUGAUGCCAGAUGCUGUCACCAUGGGGUCUGUCUUCGGCCGCAGCACUGCCCUUAACCUGCAGUCCUCACAGCUGAAUACGCCACAGGAUGCCUCCUGUACUCACAUCCUGGUUUUCCCAACUUCGGCAACCAUCCAAGUCGCGCCUGCAAAUUAUCCCAAUGAAGAUGGAUUCAGCCCCAAUAAUGAUGACAUGUUUGACCUCCCAUUCCCGGAUGACAUGGACAACGACAUUGGCAUCCUGAUGACUGGGAAUCUUCACUCAUCUCCAAACUCUUCUCCUGUCCCUUCUCCUGGUUCUCCUGGAAUUGGAGGAGGACCGUCCUUUCAGCACAGCCGGAGCCAAGGGGAGCGUCUCCUUUCCCGGGAAGCCCCCGAAGAACUGAAGCAGCAGCCCCUCGCCCUGGGCUACUUCGUUUCCACUGCCAAAGCCGGGAAUCUUCCUCAGUGGUUCUGGUCCUCUUGUCCUCAAGCCCAGAAACAGUGUCCCCUCUUUCUCAAGGCCUCACUACAUCAUCACAUCUCUGUAGCACAGACGGAUGAACUCCUUCCUGCCCGGACUUCCCAGAGGGUUCCCCAUCCCUUGGACUCCAAAACCACAUCAGAUGUCCUAAGGUUUGUCCUGGAACAAUACAACGCCUUGUCAUGGCUGACUUGCAACCCAGCGACCCAGGAUCGGGGCUCUUGCCUUCCUGUUCACUUUGUGGUGCUCACUCAGCUCUACAACGCCCUCAUGAACAUCCUUUAAUCGCAGGGAGCGUUAAUCGGAGCUCCCCUCUCCACUCGAAGAAUCCGCCACGGCCUGCACGAGUUCAGGUCCCUGACGCGUCUGAAGGAGGCCUGAGCGGCGCUCCCAGUUUUUCUCAACAAGCAGGAGAAUCCUCUCCCGCGGGAUCGGAGUCCACCAACACGGGACACCCUCAUCUGCCUCUCUGACCAGGGUUUCAGGCAGCCGAUGUAUUACAACUUUGAGGCAGUGUUAAUUCGCCGGCUGAACCUUACAGAACU